CCUCAGGUCUUUUUGUGUGCUUUCCUUAAUACCUUGUAGUUUGUUCCACCCACAAUUCCUGCGAGCUCCAUGGCGCAUCACAGGAUGCAUUCUGCGAGGUUUCGAGAAGAAAUCCCACUGCCUUCGAGAAUCAAACAUCACGGGAUUAAAAAUGGCACUCUAAGUAGUAGCAGAAAGCAGGAUCAAACAUUUGAAGAAGAGCAUACAAGUCCUUCAAUCGGAAAAAUCAACGAAAUGGUAGCUGAGGCAGAAUUUUCUAAGAAUUCCCGAAGGCAUAGUUCAUUAACAACAAGUUCUACAGGGUCGAUUCAAUCCGCUGCUAUUUUCUUAUCAAAUCGAAUCGACAAGAGUGUCCGAAGCAUAAUGUCAUCGUCAUCAUCAUUAACUGCAGUUUCCAGCUCUCCUGGCAGGAGCAGGGAGGAUACUGGGGGGAAAAUUACAGAGAAGAGGAAGAAGAAGAAAGGAGCGUUGUUUGCUUGUAUGGGACAAGAUUCAUGCAAGAACUCAAGAAAAUCACCAGAACGUCCGAGUGUUGAUGAAGCGUUUUUCAUCGAGAGAGCGUUCGUGGUGGAGAGCUUGCCACAAUUCUGGGCAGACAAGUACCAGCCUACUUCACUGAGCGGCUUCCUUUGCCACCAACAAGAAGUUCAACUUCUCCAGGAACUAGUGUUUCUUGACGAACUUCCACACACUUUGCUAAAAGGUCCCUCUGGUUCAGGGAAAAGAGCCUUAGCAAUGGCUCUUCUGCGAGAAAUAUACGGCGAAGAGUGUUGGAAGUUAUCCCACAAUUUAAGAUAUUUCAACUUUCAGGAAGGCAGGCCCAUGAAAUUAAGUGUUCCAAUAACGUGCAGCUGUCAUCACGUGGAACUAAACGUAAAUUUGGAACAGAAUGCUAAGUAUGCUUUGAUGGGUUUAGUAAAGGAAAUGAACUGCAUCUAUGCAAUAACACCCGAAAAUGCCAACUCUAAUAUCAAGUCUGAUUGUCAAGUGAUAGUUCUCUAUGGGGUUGACAAGGCAGAACAGGAUAUCCAGCAGAUAAUCAAAUGGAUUGUAGACUGUCACUCCCAAAUGUGCAAACUGGUACUCUGCUGCCAAGAUGAUAUUGACAUUCCUGAAUCUGUGAGGAACCUGUUCAAAGUGAUUGAAGUUCAUCCACCUAGCACCCUCCAAAUUAUGGAGGUUCUGUUUCACAUAGCAAAGAAGGAGGGCAUUCAUCUAUCCAAGAAUUUUGCUGCUAUGAUUGCUGCAAAAUCUAAUCAGAAUCUCAGACAAGCUAUCAUGGCUCUUGAGGCAUGCAAAGUUUUCAAAUAUCCUUUUUUGGAAGAACAACCAAUUUCAAUUGGAUGGGAGGUUAUUGUAAUAGGAAUUGCUUCAGAGAUCUUAUCUGAUCCAUCAAACUCAUGGUACAAAAAUUUCAAAAUGAAAAGGAGAAUUUCUAGCCAUCUCUUGCAGCUCCACGUGUGGAGCAAAACUGUAAUGGAUCAGAUAAUGGUUUUAUUUAUUUAUUUAUUCUUUUGUUGUUUGAUCAGCCUAAUCUCAGUAAGAGAAAAAUUUCAGAAGCUGAUCGAGGAUUUUGUCCACCCAAAACUAAUUCUCCGGAAAAUAGUGGAAGAACUUCUGAAAAAAAUCGAAGCCAGAUUAAAAAGGGAACUCUACUACUGGCAUGCUUAUUAUGACAAAAGACUCCCACCUGGAACUGUAGCUGCAACCAAGUUAACUGAAUUUGUGGCCAAGUUUAUGGGCAUAUACAAAAAGAGCUUUAUCAGCAGGCAAUAUGUGUGAGUAAAAAUGGACUUCCCUUCUCAUCUUAAUCUGCUAAAUCAAAGGAGAUUGGAAAUUUCAGCUUGACACAGAUGCAGAAUCCAAGAUUCUCAAUGGGAUAAUCAACUGAGGACAAUUUCCUAUGAUAGAAAAGUAGUAUUAUUGUGAAGACAAGGGCAUAAAAUUGUGUUCCCUUUGCUCAACACUAGAAUUGAUUCAACCCGAAGGGAGUUUUGCAUAUUAUGUUUUGAAAAAUAGUCAUGAAGAGAUUUACAUUUG